AUGUCAAGUCCGAUCGAAGCCUUCUGUCCCCCUGCCGACCACGAGCACAUUGUCGCCGUGACAGGCGUCUCGCGCGGACAGCCGCUCGACCAGAUCUCUGGAGAGUUCUAUCGCGUGGGGAGGACGCUUGGCGCGAUCCGUGGAGGCAGGUGCUCGGAUGACGGGAAGCUUUCCUUCUUUACCUUCGAGACGCAGGAGGAGGCGAGGAGGGCGAUUGAACACAUUCACAACGCCGACCUGGGCAUCCGCCUCGCGACGGACUCGAAGUGCCUCAAAGCUUCGUACGGCUUCACAGCCAGCUUCUGGUUCGCCGGUUCUCCGCCCUGCAAGAAGGCGGGUAACUUCGUCAACUUCCCCGCUGCUGAGCACCCCGCCCCCGCUUCCGCCCCUUUCUCGAGUCCUGCCGCUGUCGACCCGCUUCCCGACGAGCUUGCCGAAGACGACCCUCUCCAACGCUCUCCAACCCCUCUCGCCGACUCGACGCAGCCCGAGCUCGCGACGGACCGACGCGCCCCGAAGCGCAGGAGGGUCGACGAAGACGGCCCCGGUGUCGAGCAGGAUAACUCGAGGGAGCAGUCGACCUUUGCGGCGACGCACAAUCAGAGCGGCGAGACGGAGCAGACGGUCGGUGAGACGGGCAUGAUCCAGGAUUCCGCGGAACAGGUCGACUCGGAGGAGACGAAGAACGAGGAGGGCGCUAUCCGCGAGACGAGCGGGUUCGAUCAGCAGGAAGUGGAGGACGGCGGCGAGGCUGGCGCUGAGAAGGUCGACCCGAGGGACACCGGCAACGCUGGUCGCGCCGUGCAGGACGGAGUCGACGCCAUCGUCACCGCUGGCGGACUGAGUGGAGACGGCUACAGCGCCCGCUACAACGUCGACUACGCACAGCACAGGAUCCGCGUCGACAUCUACGGUGAACGUGGAUUGCCGCUCGCGAUCAAGGAGGCGGAUGCGAUCCUCGUCCAGGGUAUCGCCGCCAGCUGCUUCGACUUCGACAACCCUAACAAGCUCGGUGUCGACCUCUGCACGAUCGCGAGGGUUUUCCACAUCUCGGUCGACAAGAUCGUCGGCCUCGUCAUCUGGCCGGGCCGUACGGUCGAAGGCCAGCCGCGCUGGUGCAUCAAGGUCUAUUUCUCGCCGACCAUCGCGGGCGACAUCAUCAGCGACGCCAUGAGCGGCGUCAAAGGCCGUAUCGGUCGCAACGGCAAGCGACUGCCAGUCAACAGCCUGUUCAUCAAGUGGUUCGACGCGGACCGCGAAGAGCAGCGCAAGAUUUGCCAGGACCGUCGCGAUGCCGACCGCCUCCUCAACCGCAUCGCCUCGUCGUCGCGGGACGGCGGCAGGGACUACAGGAGGGAGGACGACCGCAACGGCAGGGACGACCGCUGGGCGAGGAAUGCCGGCAUCUCGGGCGGUGACAGCUACGGUGGGCGUCGUGAUGGCUCGCGUGAUCGCAGGGACGACCGCAGGAGCGGCGGCUGGCAGGACCGUCGCAGCUGGCGUCGUCGUUGA